UUAUAAAGAAAACGUUUAUUAGAGAGACAUUUCACCAUAUUUUACUACUCUUUGUUAGUAAAAUUAAUUUUAACGUUGUUAUAAGGACAAUUUAUAUUUAUUGACAGCGCGAUAUUCCUCUUACAACGUUACCAACGCAUUCAGUUUGUCAUCUUUUUGGCAAGCUCCUGGCUGCUUUUGCAAAAUAUGGACAAAAAGUUUCACAAAAGCUUUUCUUUCGCGAUUGAUCGUGGUGGAACUUUCACAGAUGUGUUUGCAGUGACACCCAGUGGUAAAGUAGUUAUGAAAUUGCUUUCUGAAGACCCUGCAAACUAUCUCGAUGCACCUCGCGAAGCAAUAAGACGUAUUUUGGAAAAGGAAACUGGUACUCCCAUGCCUCCUAAUGAACCUAUCAAUCCUUCGUACAUCAAGUGGAUUCGCAUGGGCACUACAGUUGCAACCAAUGCUUUGUUGGAAAGAAAAGGAGAGCGCGUGGCAUUGGUGAUAAACAAAGGAUUCAAAGAUCUUCUAUUCAUUGGUAACCAAUCAAGACCAAAAAUAUUUGAUCUGAAAAUUGAAAUGCCAGACAUUUUAUAUGAAGAAGUGAUAGAGGUAAAAGAGAGGGUGGUUUUAACUCAAGAAAACUGUAGAAUUUCUUAUCCGCAUCAUGGAAAUGUGUCUGGAAAAUCUGAUGUUACUCUUCAAAUUUGGGAAAAAUUGGAUUAUGAAAGCAUAAAGGAAGAUUUAAAGAAAGUAUAUGAGAAAGGAAUAAGAUGUUUGGCAAUCAUCCUGAUGCAUUCAUACAUCUAUGAGCAUCAUGAACAAGAAAUUGGCAAAUUAGCCACAGAAAUUGGAUUCACUCAGGUGUCACUGUCUUCUGUUGUCAUGCCAAUGAUAAAAAUGGUUCCUAGGGGAUUGACAGCUUGUGCUGAUGCUUAUUUGACUCGUAUCAAAAGAUAUGUCAAUGGAUUCGUUUCUGGCUUUCAGAAUAACCUACAGGAUGUACGAGUUCUGUUCAUGCAAUCUGACGGAGGCCUUACUCCCGUUCAAAAGUUCACUGGUUCUCGAGCGAUAUUAUCAGGACCUGCUGGAGGAGUUGUUGGCUACGCAAUGACAACAUAUAACAAGACAACUGGUCAACCUGUAAUAGGAUUUGACAUGGGAGGUACCUCGACUGACGUCUCCCGUUACGCUGGCCAUCUUGAGCAUGUUUUUGAGACGACAACUGCCGGGAUUACGAUUCAGGCUCCUCAGCUCGAUGUGAACACUGUAGCUGCUGGCGGUGGUUCACGAUUGUUGUUUCGUUCGGGAAUUUUCGUCGUCGGUCCAGAAUCUGUUGGAGCUCAUCCUGGACCAGUGUGUUACAGGAAAGGAGGAAAUUUGGCCGUAACUGACGCUAAUCUUGUCUUGGGAAGGUUGCUUCCGGAAUAUUUUCCAUGUAUUUUCGGAGCCAAUGAAGACCAGCCUUUAGAUAUGACAGCCUCGUAUGAGUAUUUCCAAAAAUUAACACAAGAGAUCAACGAAUCCCUUGCAGCUGAUAAAAAGGACGCGAUGCUUGUGGAAGAAGUAGCCAUGGGUUUCAUAAGAGUUGCAAACGAGAACAUGUGUCGACCAAUCAGAGCGUUGACUCAGGCAAAAGGUUAUGAUACGUCACGUCAUGUACUAGCGUGCUUUGGGGGAGCUGGUGGUCAGCACGCAUGCGCUGUAGCAAGAUCCCUUGGAAUGUCGACCAUUGUCUCAUCUUCAUGUUUUAUAUGUAGAUACGCUGGUAUUCUUUCUGCGUACGGAAUUGCUUUAGCUGACGUCGUUCAUGAAGCCCAGGAGACAUGUUCGAAGAUCUAUGCUAAUGAUUCGUUCGACUAUUUGGACGCUCGCAUCGAAGUAUUGAAAAAGAGAUGCCAAGACGAGUUAAGAGAUCAGGGUUUUUCUAGAGAAGAUAUCUUUACAGAAGUGUUUCUAAAUAUGCGUUAUGAAGGGACAGAUUGUUCAUUAAUGUGUACAGCUGAAAAACACGAUACGUCUAAAGGUUGUGCACAUGGAGACUUUGAAAAAGCAUUUCUUACAAGAUAUUCUACAGAAUUUGGCUUCACAAUCCCAGACCGCACCAUCAUUGUGGACGAUGUACGCGUGCGCGGAAUUGGACGUUCGUCUAUUGAACAGAAUUUCGAGUCUAGUUUCUCCUCAGAAGAACCCUCGUGGGAUAAUAUGACGAAAUGUUAUUUUGAAAAUGGCUUUGUCGAUACUAGAGUUUAUUUGUCUGUGAAACUAAACUAUGGUCAUGAAAUCAACGGCCCUGCAAUAAUUAUUGAUAAAGCUUGUACUAUCCUGAUUGAACCCUUCUGUGUUGCAUCGAUUACUAAAUCGGGAGACAUUAAAAUUCAGAUUGGCCAAGAUACAUCGUUACGUCAAAUAACUACGGAUCUUGAUGCAAUUCAAUUGUCAAUCUUUUCACAUCGUUUUAUGAGUAUUGCAGAGCAAAUGGGAAGGGUUCUACAACGAACCGCUAUAUCUACGAAUAUCAAAGAACGUCUUGAUUUUUCUUGUGCCAUGUUUGGGCCAGAUGGGGGACUGGUUGCGAAUGCACCACAUAUUCCAGUGCACCUUGGAGCCAUGCAAGAAACUGUCCAAUAUCAGAUACAGCAGCUUGGAGAAAAUAUGACUAAAGGUGAUGUUAUUCUUUGCAACCAUCCUUCUUGUGGUGGAAGUCAUUUGCCUGAUCUAACUGUGAUUACACCGGUAUUUUAUCCCGGGCAAGAAAAGCCCGUAUUUUUUGUAGCUAACAGGGGUCACCAUGCCGAUAUUGGGGGAUUAACACCCGGUUCUAUGCCACCGCAUUCUAAAAGUCUUUCUGAAGAAGGAGCCACUUUCAAAUCAUUCAAGUUAGUUCACGAUGGAAGAUUUGAUGAAAAAGGUGUCACCGAGAAACUUAUGCAACCUAAGAUCUAUCCCGGUAGCAGUGGAACGCGCAAUCUUCGAGACAAUUUAUCCGAUCUUAAAGCACAAGUGGCUGCUAAUAACAAAGGAAUUGCUCUCAUAACUGAACUCAUAGAGGAAUACAGUCUGGAUGUUGUACAAGCCUACAUGAGCCACAUACAGGCAAACGCUGAACUUGCUGUUCGCAACAUGCUGAGGGAAAUUCGAUCCAAGACUAAAGAACAAACUGGCCGAACAUUGUUGUCAGCGGUUGAUCACAUGGAUGAUGGAACGCCAAUAUGUUUAUCUGUUUGUAUUGCAGAUGAUGGAAGUGCUGUGUUUGAUUUUACUGGGACUGGACCCGAGGUUUAUGGCAAUACCAAUGUCCCACGUGCUAUCGUUCUCUCGGCAAUUAUAUAUUGCUUACGUUGUAUGGUCGGCUAUGAUGUACCAUUGAAUCAGGGCUGUCUAAAACCCAUUCAGUUGAUUAUUCCGUCGGGCACAAUCUUGUCGCCUUCGGAAAAAGCCGCGGUGGUUGGCGGGAAUGUGCUUACGUCACAACGAAUAGUUGACGUCAUCUUUCUAGCGUUUGAAACUUGCGCUGCCUCGCAGGGCUGUAUGAAUAAUACGACGUUUGGAGACGAAUCCUGUGGAUAUUACGAGACCGUGGCCGGUGGUGCAGGAGCAGGAUCUCAUUGGAACGGUAGAAGUGGCGUUCAUACACACAUGACCAACACUCGAAUCACAGACCCCGAGAUUAUUGAGAAAAGAUAUCCAGUUGUAUUAAAGAGUUUCCAUUUGAGUCAAGGUUCUGGUGGUCAUGGUCUUUAUAAGGGUGGGGAUGGCGUCGUUCGUGAAUUGAUCUUUAGAAGACCGCUGACAUUAUCAAUACUUAGCGAGAGGAGAGCUUUUUGUCCCUAUGGCUUAAAAGGUGGCUCUUCCGGUUCACGAGGUCGAAAUCUCCUUUUAUGUAAAGAUGGUAGAAAAAUAAAUUUGGGAGGAAAAGCAUCAGUAAAAGUGGAAGCUGGGGACUGUUUUCAUUUGGAGACGCCCGGUGGUGGUGGGUAUGGUAACGAGUUGGACGAUAAUGAUGACGUCAAUGUACGACGUAAGCGCCUGGAAGAAAAAGAAGAAAAAUCAUUCAUUGAAAAAGGAAGUGUUCACGCUUAUAGACUAUUGCAAGAAUCAGCUUAGGGAAUGUAUCUUUAAUUUUAAUUUUAUUUUAAACUUUUAAAAUUUUAGCUUUGCA